GGGAACACAUUUGGAAGUGUCCCGUGUUGACAGGACAGAGUCUGCUAGUUUUUACAAUGUUCAAAAAGAGCAAGCCCUCUGCUGCAGAUAGAAAGAGGGAAUUAUUUACCUAUGGAGCUGCACCACCCUUACUGAAGAAUGACCUGAGGAAUUUUCAUUGUUUUUCACAACUUCUACUAUCUGCUGGUGGACUGAAACCAACUCCAGUAGUCAAACAUUCAAAAUCUACUCACUUUGAGAUAGAAAUCCUUGAUGCUCAAACCAGAAAGCAAAUAUGCAUUGUGGACAAGGUAUCUCCAACAUCCACAAUCCGUGAUGUUAAACACAAAUUUCACAAAGCAUGUCCCCAAUGGUACCCUUCCCGUAUUGGGCUUCAGCUGGAACGUGGUGGACCUUUUCUGAAGGAUUAUGUUAACAUUCAAAGCAUUGCAGCUUCUUCUAUUGUUACAUUGCAUUUCACAGAUCUAGGUCAGCAAGUGAGUUGGACAACAGUUUUUCUGGCUGAAUACACAGGGCCUCUGCUUAUCUACCUCAUCUUUUACAUGAGACUCACAUAUAUUUAUGAUGCAAAGGAGAGUUCCAGAAGAUUGCGCCACCCAGUGGUACACUUGGCCUGUUUCUGCCACUGUUUACAUUAUGCCCGUCAUCUUCUAGAGACAGUGUUUGUUCAUAAACUUUCUGGAGAGCACACGCCUUUGAAAAAUUUGAUAAAGGGAUGUGCCUUUUACUGGGGAUUCACUUCUUGGAUUGCAUACUACAUUAAUCACCCUCAGUACACACCACCAUCAUUUGGAAACAGGCAAGUUACAGUUUCUGUCCUCAAUUUUCUGAUUUGUGAAGCUGGGAAUCAUUUUAUCAAUGUAGUAUUAGCUCAUCCAAAUCACACAGGAAAUAAUGCCUGUUUCCCAAGUCCAACUUACAACCCUUUCACAUGGUUGUUUCUGUUGGUUUCCUGUCCUAACUACACCUAUGAGAUUGGGUCAUGGAUUAGUUUCACAGUUAUGACACAAACCUUACCAGUUGGAAUUUUUACUCUCCUAAUGAGUAUCCAGAUGUUGCUUUGGGCACAAAAGAAGCAUAAAGUCUACCUGAAGAAAUUUGAUUCUUAUGUGUAUAGGAAAUCAGCAGUGAUUCCAUUCAUAUUGUAAAUGUGGUGGGGAACAUGGAAGACUCCUCCUGUACACAGAAAGGCUGGAAGGAAGGAGUUGUCAUACUAGCACAAUACAGUCAAUAUGUAUUAGAGAUUUGUAUGGGAAGAUUGAUUAUUUUUAUUUUCACACUUUCAAUAUAUUUGUCCAAAUUUGGAUUCCCAAAACCGAACAGGAAAAUAAAAAAGAAGAGGAAAGGGAAGUACAAAAGCAGACCUAUCCAUUUUUCAGAGAAUUAUUCUCUAAACAAAACUCAGUGGAAAGAGUGCUAGAAAGACCCCAGGCUAUGCCACUGAUCACCUGAAUGAUCUUGGGCAUAUCAUUUCAUUUUUCUGGGUCUCAUUUCCUUUCCUGUAAAAUGAACAUAUUGAGCUAAAGUAUUCCAGUUACAAAAAUCUAGAAUUCUAAGUUGUUGGUUUAUUAUUAUUAUUAUUAUUAACCUUUGCACAUUUAGCAGUUAUAAUUGACUAUAAGAUAAGCAACAAGAAGCAAUCUGGAGUUUAAAGUAGAGAAUUUUAUAAGGCUGGUUUGGGGGGAUUAAAAUCAUUUGAAUUACAGGAUUCCAAGUUAAUAGCUAGUUAAAAAUCACAUUUUGGAGUCUGUUUACAAUGAAUUGUCAAAUGCCUAAAGUAUUCUUAAACUGUCAGAUAAAGGUUUUCUAAAAUCUCUACUUAAAGGUAGAAGAGUUGACAUUAUCCAUUUAUUAUAUGUAAUGUGCCAUCAAACAUGAUAAAUGCAUGACAUAAAAGGUUUGUGAAACAGAGUAGAAUUCAAAAUGAUUUCUUAGUGUUCUUUGCUUUCUUUGUAAAGUUGGAAUCAGUAAAUCAAUCAAAUAAAAACCACUAACUACCUUCUAUGUGAUGAGAACUGAGAUUGGUGCUGGGACACAAAGACAAAAAGGAAAGUCCCUUCCCUCAAGAAACUUAUAAACUAUUAGGGGAUAUAGCAUAUACAUUAUUAUGUAGGUGGUGGGGGCAAGAUCUAAUUCAGUCCCAUAGUCAUUUAUAUUCAAUAUUGGAAUGAAAUGAGACACUGUUGGUCUACUACAUUCAACAGUUAAAAAGAUGAUUUAUUUAGCCAUAACAAGAGAAGAAUAUUCUAUAAGGGUAUGUUUUGAAGAAUUUUUGAAUUGAUUAAGCUAUGCAAAGUUCUCCUGGCUCUGUGAUACCCAUAGUGGCCCUCUGUAUCAUUAAAGCAAUAAACAAAUCUAUGAUGUUUGUGAUUA